AUGGCCCUUCUUGGCCUCGGGCCUCUGUUGGCUUUCUGCGUUGCCUCGUCCUCGAUUCUGGCCGUUGCUGCCGAUGAAUGUGCGCGGAAAGAUGAAAGCUGCAAUCGAAGCGUAGAUCAUGAGGCCAGUUUUGUACAGGUAAGGAGAGAGCACUUGAGGAACGGCUCUUGUGCCGGCGACAUCUUUACCACAGUUGCCAAGAACAUUGGCGGCGGGACCCUGUCCGAACAUCAGAUUGCCACAACACUAGCGCAUGGCUGCGAUCCCACGACAUCCAGCUACUCAAAGCAUUGCCCAGAAGUGAAGGAGUUGCAUACAAAGGCCUAUGUCCAUACACUUCAGAGGCUUAAUCGUCUCCUCCUCAAGUUUGGGUCGGUGGCAGCGUCGUUCGAUGACUUCAGCAUGGUGUCGCUCUAUAACUGCAUCUGGCACAACCGUCACAACCCCGGCGACAACUUCGGAGACGAACCGUUCGACACAUGCACUGAGGACCAGCUGUGUGCGAUGAUCACGACUGCAGAAGAAUAUGAGCACCAAAUGCCCGAAGUUUCUCUCGAAGCAUUGCGGAAGAGCCGCGUGCAUCGUGAGUUUCGAGGGACGCAUGCUGGAUGGCCCGGAACAGGGAAGGAUUUCCCGAUGGUCCGGGUCUCUCUGCUACACAAAUCUGAUGGGACGGCAGCAGCCCCUGAAACCAUUCUGGGGCGGGGUGGCUUGCGGCUCUCUGCGGUGAGUGGAGGAUGGGCGAAACAGUCCACUCUUCACCUCCAGCCAAAAUAUUCAGAGGGCUUCCAGAUCGCUUGGGGAAAGAUACGUGAUGGGAUGCUUCCAGACGAGGUGCUCGGAGGGCCUCCGCUCCAUUUGGAAAGUGGGUUGGUCGCGGCUGAGCCGGGGAGCCUGGUCCGGAACUUCUCGGAUACCCCGGUUGCCGCGAAGAUGCCUCCGGCUGCCGGAAGUCCCAUCACCCUUCUGGUGAUCGGCGACCCCUGCAAUGGUAACAUGUUUGGUGGCGGCCAGUGCGUCUUUCGUGACUACUAUGGAGUGAACAAGACACUCCCAACUCUUUUGAAUGCUGCCUUGCCCAGCACCGACGUUUGGUACUUGACAGGUGACAACUUCUACGACCGCUACGGCGUGUUCUCCGUGAGCAUAUUUGCGCAGCUUGAACCCGCUGCACAGGGUGUGCCGUUGCUGUCGACGCCUGGGAAUCACGACUACUGGUUUGAGGGGGUUCCAGAGUUCGCACUGGACGACUCCUUCCUGGGCUACGACCAGUUCGGAUUUGGUGGGGCGCAGUUCUACGCCAUGGACACCGCGGCCUCCUGGGCUCCCCAGGCACCCUCGGAGGAGUUGAUCUCACCCAAAGGCCGCCCGGCCUCGCAAUUCUCGCAGGCUCCGGCCUUUUUGGAUCUCUCCGGGAAACCGAAGGAUGAUGCCAAGGCCGCGAACUUCCAACACUACAGCAUCGCCGGCAACGUCGGUUUUAUCGUCAUCACCUGCGUCGGGGGAGAUCCCCGGCCCUUUGUGAAAGAGGCAUGCGCCUUCAUGAAGCAGAAGAACCCUGACUUGGUCUUGCUUCUUGGCCAUUGGAACAAGCCAGGCAGUGGCUGCACCACCGGCUGGGAUGUGCCGAAUGUCACAGCCUGGGCACUGGAUCACUCAGACUGUGCGGCUUUUCGGGGUGAGUCAGGUGAGGCACCGUAUGGCCCGGAAGGAAAAGCAGCGACACGCAUGAAGUUCAUUGUUGGUCAUCAGCACUGCAACUGCAUGACCAACUUUGCUGAAACCUUGAAGGACGGCUGCUUGGAUGACCAUACAGAUCCCUCCAAAGUUGACGGCUUCAUAAUUGGCUCACAUGGGAUGAGCUGGGAUCCGCAGCACUAUCCAAAAUGCAGCUCGCGUUUUGGCUUGCCCGUGCUUCGCACAGAUGGAGGCAGACUGACUUUCGCGUAUGCAAAGCUGUCACUGGAUACAUGGCUGACACACUGCAAGCCCUGGGAAAUAUUCUGCAAAGACAGGCCAGGUGAAGUGUCACGAACAGAUAUGUGGAAGUCUUGGUUCACAUUUACGCCGUCGCAUUGGUCACCCAGGGCCGCAGGCCCCUAUGGAAAGGGCAUCCUCCGAGAAAAGAUGGAUGGCCUUGUGGCGUGCCUGAGAGAGAAAGGUACUACCGAAUGCUCAAAGGAUGCCUCGCUCUUUGACCAGUGGCUGAAUGACACGGGCCAGUCUGCUCUGGCAUGCCUCAUGCUGCAGGAGUGUCAAGAGGAAUGUUGGAAAGCACUUUGUGCGCAAUUGGAGCACAAGUUGGGAUGCUCCAUCCGCCACAUAGCGUCUAGCAACUCCUCCACUUACCCAGACCUUAUGGAUGAGGAGGAAGAGGAAGUGGUCAAACGACUGGACUCCGAAGCCUUGCGAGAAGGUCUCAGAGAGGUCUUGAACUCCAUGCAGCGGGAUCUUCCGAACUCGCGGCCUGUGACGCUGCUCGAAAGGAGGAUGGUCACGUCAAGGAAGAGCUCCGAUAACUCCUUGCUGAGCUUGUUCGAUGAAGGGUUCAGAGAGGACGGGAUAGCAUGCUCGCUACGGUCGCUACGCUUGUCAUGUGAAGAGGCUGACAUGGAAGGUCGCGCUCCUGUGCGGGUGCCGUCUUCGCCGUACAGAAGCGCGUCUGGCAUGGCUAGUACACUGGGGACUGGAGCGAACAGGCUGAGGUCUGCGAGCCCUUCCAGACGAGCUCUGGCCAUUGACAUGCGGCGAAUCGCCAGCUUGCUUCGUGACCCAGCUGGGGCUCUGCAAGGCAACGGGGAGAGCAUGAACAAUUCAAUUUGUUCAAGCCCGAACAGCGCUUGGGAGCCUGGAGAUCGGGGGGCGGCCCCCACCUUGGGUGCAUCUGCUCGAGCUUCCAGCUUGUCACGCAUGGUGAUGCAGAACCAGUUCACUGCACUGGCAGAGCGAAUGAACACUGGGGUGUCAAGCCUGCAGCGUCAAUGUGAGGUUGACAGGCGUCGCCUGGCGCAGCUGGAAAAGAAGCUGGAGGCCCAACUGGACGAUCGUGCUGACAAGCAUGACGGCCGGGAACGCUGGGCCGAAGUUCAAGGAAGUGUGAACGGCCUCAUUGAGGAGACCCAGUCUCUUGCUCGCCGUGUUGAUGGCUUGGACGAGCGGCUCUGGGCGCGCACUAGUGGGUCCGAAGCUUCCAAGCAGCGGAACCGGGAGAUUGAACAGCAGGUGCAAGCCAUGGAGCAGCAAAAUCGUCUCGCGGCAGCUGCUGCAGAGGAGACACAGAAGCGACAGGCCACAAAGAUUCGUCGUGCUGAACACUCACUUGAAGAGGUUUUGCGACGUAUGGCCGCGAUGGAGGACGAGGUGCGACAGAAGAAUGCCACCCAAAGAGAUGGCUACAUGGAGGCCAGGGUCAAUGGUUUGGAGCAGACACAGGAAGCGUUAGAUGCAGACCUCCGUGCUUUGCAGGCCAGCCUCGAAGAUGGCCUGCAGAUGCGUGAUGCCAAUCAGGAAGGUGCGGACCUGCAAGGGGCGGAUGUCUUCGAGGCAGUCCGCAAGUCAGAGAUGGGCCUUUCCGCACUGGACCGGAAGGUGAGCAACCAAGUGGAGGACCUUUCCUCUUCUGUGGCCAGUCUCCGUGUGAAAGUGGACGGCCUGUUGAGUCGAGUUGGAGGCUUGGCGGAGCGAAUCGAGACGGCCCAUGAGCCCGCGAUCGAGUCGCUGCGUUUGGAACUCUCGCAGGCCCGACAACAGGAGCGGCGUGAAUUCGACACAGAGCUGCAAACCUUCAAAAACCGGUUGCAACAGGCGCAAGACUCCAACGAGGAGGCAUGUGGUGAGCUCCGAGAGGCUCUUCGCCAGAGCCGUUCGGAGGUCGCAGCGCUGAGCUACCGGCCGGACAUCCAACAGGACAACUCCUGGAUGCGCACCACAGAGGAAAGGCUGGCGGGGCAUGAGCAGGACUUGUUUGACCUACGGGAGCGCUUGGAGCUGGUGCAGGCAGAUGGGACGCUGGACGGCAAGACCAUGCUGAUGAAACCGGCGGAGGACAUCGAUGACUUGCGCCGGCGCCUGGAGUGGUUGGAGGAGCAUGGCUCUGCUGCAGCAGACAAAGCAGACUCCAGCAGAAUCUCACAGGUCCAGAACAGUCUCUGUGACCUCGUGGAGCAGGUCUCCAGGCUCAAGCAGCAGGCAGCUUCUUCAGAAGCGAAUGCCAACUCCUGGCAGCAACAGGUGAAACAAAUUCAUAGUCUCAUUGAAAGAAGACAGAACGAGGACUCAGCGUCCAUGCGUGUCACCAACGAGGUGGAGGCCAAGGUUGGUGCAUUGUCUGCGCAAGUCGCCGACAUGGCAGCAAGGAUGUUGGAGGUUGAGGGCAGCCUGGAUUUCGUUCGCGAGAACGAUCUCACAGCCGGAGAGGUCAGCGCGCCUGAGCGCACGGCCCCUGAGAGCGAGGCGCCCGCCCAACCCAGUGCGCUUCAGGAGAAGCUGGAAGCCGUUGCCGAGCACUUGGAGGUGGUCGAUGAUCUGUCGGAUCGCCUUGCGGAGCUUGAGCGUCGCAUGAGCACAGGUCACGACUUUCAUCCCUUGGGAAGCUCAUCACCUGGACCAGUGUCCGAGGUGAGCUUCGGAGGCGAGGCGCCCUUGAAGGCUUCCUCUGCUCCAGAUCUUUCUGCCAGCCAGCUGGGCGAGCUUCAGCUUCGAAUGGACGCGAUGGAUCUGAAGAUGAAGUCUGUCCAGGAGGCUGCUGCAGCGAAGCAAAGCAAGCCUGACUUGAAGGUGGAAGAGGACCUUCAAGCGCUGAGAAAAGAGCUCGUGAGUCUGACCUCCCGGCUGGGUGCAGCCGAGCUGGAGUUGAGCUCUGCCACGGAGGAGCUGGCGAAGAAGGCAGAGGCUUCGCCUGCUCCGGAGUUGGCAGCCCUUCGUUCAGAGCUGUUGGAGAAGGUCAGAGAGUUCGAUGCGGGCCAGGACCAGUCCAAACGCUCGGCCGCCUCGACAGCUGCGGAGGUCAAGGAGGUCCGGGAUGACGUCGUCCUCCUCUCUGAGAAGGUCGAUGCCACGCUCGAGGACCUCCAAGAAGGGCUCACAGCCGCGAAGCAAGCCGUGGAGGCAGUGAUGGCACCCAUCAAGCAGGAGCUGAAGGAACUGCGAAGCAGGCUGCCGGAUUCUGCUGCAGAGGAGAGUGCGGAGCAAGCGUUGCUUGAGAAGCUGGAGGAGAUCGAGCGCAAGAUGAAAGAUAUGCAGACCUCGCAGACUUCGACCUCGAAGGCUCCCGCGAAGGAUGGCCUGGAGGAGAAGCUCACGCAGCUGGAGAUGGCCUUUGCCAGGAUUGAGGAGGCCAAGCCGGCGAGCAUCGAUGACACCGUCAUCGUUGAUCGCCUGGAUGCCUUGGACAAGCGCAUGGACGAGGACCUCCAGCGGAGCGUGGGAAGGCUCGAGAAGCUUCUUGGAGAGGAGAUUGAGGCUAUCAAGACGACUCUGAAAGAGCAGGUUGCAGCACUCAGCAAGCGCUUGGAGGUCGCCGCCGCAUCGCUUCGUUCAAUGCAGGAAGACUCGACAAAGCAGGAGCAAGAGCAGCUGACCCAGAUGGAGGAGCUUCAGCGGCAGCUCCUCGAGCUACCGGAAACCUGCGUGGCCACGGUGGACUUCGUGGAGUUGAAGGAGCAAGUCAAGCAGGUGGAGCUGAAGGUCUCAACAGGGCUUGGUGCGAGUUUCGUGCCCAGUGGCGGAGCAGACGCCGCCGAGGACGUGAAGCUCCGAGCACAAGUUCAACAACAGGUCCAGGAGCUCGCCGGCCAAUUGUCCACCGAAGUGGCAAAGCUGGCCCAGCACCACAAGGAGAUUGCGGACACCAAGACCACCGUUGAGGACUUGGCGACGCAGCUCAGGGCGCAGCCGGCUCAAAAAGAGCGGCCCGAAGUGGAGGAGCACACGGAGGAGCUUGCAAAGCUGCGCAAAGACUUCGUUGCGCUGGCUGACCGCCUUGCGUCGACAGAGACCCUCUCUUCAGCGACCAAGAAGGAUCUGGAAGCGCUCUUGGGUCCGCGCAACAAGAUCGGAAUCAGCAUGGGUGCAGGCAACGACUCACCGUUGGCGGAGGUACGUGGCCGGCUCGAUCUGCUGUCUGAGCAGGUAGCCGAGCUGCAAAGCAGGCAGGAGGACAGCCACACCGGAAGCGCCAGCCUGAAAGGAGCUCGCAAAGACUCUGUGGCCAGCGCCGACGGCAGCCUCAACUUCUCCCUGACGGAGCAGACGGAGCGACCAGGCGCACCAGGCGACAGCUUGAAUUUCUCCUUGACCGAGCAAACGGCCAAGGGAGACUUUUCGUCUUCGGAGCCCUUCGGCAAGAGACCAGCUGGCAUCAGCCUGGAGGUUGCCGAGGAGGACUCUGAUUUGGAUGAGAUCUUGUCCGCGACAGAUUCGCCCGUUGCCGUUCCCGGUCAACUUGCAGGUCCCUUUGCUUUGGAACCGGAGUUCUGCUGUGUCAUGCUUGCCGCAUGA